AUGUCAAAUGGAUCGGCGCACUCCUUUAAUGAGGAACGAGAGCAAUCCAUUCUUUUUUGUGAGCUGGUGGGUCAUAUGAACUCAUUGCUCACACUUAUUGCGAGUAGCUCCUGUGAGGGAAAACAAUACGUUCUUCUUAUUCCACCAAACCAUGAUGUGGAACGAUUCGUGACGGGCUUUUCUAUGAGAACCAGAGGAUCUAAGCAGCGUAUUAUUCGCCGAGUAUCACAAAGUGUUGUGCGACGACAUUUACUACAUGGUAGUAGCUUUGAUGAAAUGUUUACUUUUACUGGGGAUGCUGUACGCAUCGAGUUUACGUUAUGCCAUGGUGAAGACGCUACAGAUGCGCCUUUUCUUGGAUUUGUAUGUUUGUUGCGUCCUGGGAGGCCUUCUGUUCAAUUGGGAAUUCGAGGGAGUGAGAAUUACGGGACAAGCGGAAAUUUUUGUCUGUUGUUCGUUUCAGGCGCACUUUUAGAGAGUGAGGCGGCAGCGUCUGUUUCGGCGUCCCCAUCCAUGUCUAUAAACGGCGGUCAGAAUUAUGUUUGGUCAAGACUUCAGAAGCCCAACUUCUCCGGUGAGGUCUCACUCCUUCAACAAUUUAAAAACGAUGAGAAUGUGCUGCGGACUUUUUUGGAGGGGAUUCCCCUUCAGAAGAAGGAUGCCGGUUGUGAAGGCAUGGAAUUGCAGAAGCAGUUGGAUGACGCCUUUUUGUUCGUUGAGACGGAGGUGGGAAUUAUGUCCAGCUCUUAUGUGUGCAUGCUUGGCUAUGAGCCGCUGAUCGUCGCGAAGGUUCUUCAAAUUUCCACUGCGGGUGCUGACGCCGUGAGCUGUUUCUUUGUGGAUGUAGAAAGGGAGAAGGAGGACGUGUUGGUGGCCUUCCAUGCUGUUGUGACGGGUGCGUUGAGCCAUAAAUUGGUACCCCACUGGGAUGACUUGAUGAAUAGGGAAAACGUUGCCUUUAGCCAUGCGUGCAAUAAGCUGAAGCAAGUGUACCCAUUUCAGCAUUUUCUUCCGUCGUUACUUGAGAAGCUUCCGGUGAGUAGUUUCUUAGCUGAGAUUGAGCUGAUACGAGUGCUGGAUGCCACGUCGCUUAGUGUGUUGUCAUUUAUGCGAGCUAUGGAUUGUACGCUUGGGCUUUUAAUGGAGGCCCUUACUAGGUAUGGCUGCCAUGAGGACUCCACAGCGGAUAACUGCAUCUCUUUUUUGUGUGCCCUUAUCAUUGCAGCAACUCCGGCCUUUCUUCCUGCACGUAUUCGCUACAUUCGUGACUUCAGUUUGUUUGUGAUGGAUGUGUCUUCGAUGGGCUACGCCUCAACGACCUUUGAGGCGGCCGCAACACAGAUCAUGGAGGAAUACCGUCUUCAUGUCUGCUCCGAAUAA